CAGUUCUUUACGAACCGCAUUUCUUCAAGAAACGAGCGAAACUACAUGAUGCCGAUCCCGGACUGAAAAUUGCUACGUGGUCCUCUCAACACGCACUUUUCGCUUUCGAAUUACCUUUAAUUCGACCCACAAUAACGCGGUAGCAGUGACGCCAUAAUGCCAGAAUACCUCGUUAGGCUCGUGCAAAUGCACGAGAGUUUCCGGAAAGCGGAAUUACAGGCUUUAGCUGAGUUAGCGGGGGUGGAGAUGGAUAUUGUUAAGUAUGAAGAAGAUUCCCCUUUCUGCAUCCUAACCCUCCCCUCCCCCGCCGCCGCCAAAGCCCUAAUAUCCCGCUCGAUCCUCUCCCUCGGAAUCUACUCGCUCUGGGGCCACGGUACGUCCUAUGACCUCCUGCAUGCCUCUACCUCGCAACUCUCCUCGCAUCAAUGGCCCGCAUUUCAGUCAACACCGUUCCGAUUCACCGUGGACAGUUUCCGUGGCACCAAGACUGCGAUGCAACAACGAGAAAUCAUCGAAUCCUUUUCGUACAUGAAUUUCCGCGGGCCAAUCAAAAUGAGAGAUGCAGCUGCUGAGGUGUUUACUGUUUUUGAAGACUACAAGGAACAUGCGGCUGAGCUUAGGUAUCUUUACUUUGGCCGCUUGGUUGGGUCAUCAUCGAGGCAUUUGAAGACGACCUAUGAUCUUAAGAAAAGGCACUAUAUAUCGACCACAAGUAUGGACGCUGAACUCGCGCUUCUGACCGCCAAUAUGGCGCUCGCGGCCCCAGGGAAACUCUUCUACGAUCCGUUUAUGGGGACUGGUGGCUUCCCGAUUGCAAGUGCGGAAUUUGGGGCGUAUGCCUGGGGUAGCGAUAUCGAUGGACGAAGUAUCCGAGGCACGGGGGGUAGUGCGAGAAAGGGUCAGAUAGGGAAAAGGGACGUUCAGGGCAAUUUCAAGCAAUAUGGUCUCGAAGGUAGAUAUCUUGGCGGCUUUGUAUCGGACCUAACGAACACACCUUUGCGUAUUCAGAGUCUGCAAGAAGACGGCUCAGCAGUGCAGGGAAGGAGUAUCGGACGAGGCUGGCUCGACGGAAUCAUCUGCGACCCGCCUUACGGUGUCCGCGAAGGUCUUAAAGUCCUGGGAUCUCGCGCCGAACUCUCUGAUCUUGAGCGCUCCACGCAUCGUGAUCGGUAUAUGGAGUCGGGAUAUAUUCCCCCGAAACGACCGUAUAGCUUUACGGCCCUGCUGGAUGAUAUCCUGGCGUUUGCAGCUGAGACGCUGGUUGAGGGUGGGCGGUUGAGUAUGUGGGUGCCGACGGCGAAUGAUGAGGACGUUGAGUUGGUUAUCCCUGUAAAUCCAAGGUUGAGGAUUAUGAGUGUUUGUGUGCAGAGGUUUAAUAAGUGGAGUCGAAGAUUAUUGACGUAUCGAAGGUUGGCGGAGGAGGAGGUGCUAGAGGAGCAGGGAGCAAGGGAUGAGGGUGUCAUGGACGAAAAGGGGAGGGAGAAUGAAGUUGGGAGGGGGGCUGGUGCAAAUGAGUUGAACGAUUUCCGGAGGAAGUAUUUUGAAGGAUUCAAAGAGUUUGAGAGAUUGAGGCGAGAUGGAAGUAGCCCUAGACCUGACGGAGCACUUGUGGCAGAUCAAAAGGGGGGGUGGGACAGUGCACUGAGAGACGUUUUCGGGAAAGGGUCAAGUACAUGA